GAUGUCUUUUGAUUUGGUGGUGGAAUUCCAUAAAAUAAAUCAUCUCAACGGUUGCCCCUCUGGUUUCUAGUUCCAGUAAGUUACGUUCCGUUACAACAUUGCCAAACCCUAAGGUCCCACUUUCAAACUAAAUAAAAAAUGAAGAGGGUGAAUUUGUGUUGUGGUGGCAAAUGAUUUCCAAUCAAAGACAAGUGGAUCUACCGCCGUGCUUCUCACUCACGGCUUCUGCAUCUGGAUCUACAUUUUCUACAAAGGAAUCAUCCCUUGCUUUUGUGUAUUAUCUAUCGAUAAGAUAUUUAAAAUUUCACCGUCGGUUUUAUUUAUUUGGUAAGAUUUUUAUUUCAAAUAAAAUAAAAAAUAGUCAAAUUCAGAAUUAUCUGAGAUGAAAUAUUCAAAUUGAGAAUGAUCUGAAAUAACAUAAAAACUUACUUUAGGUACCUAAAAAUAAAGAUCCCUUUCGCCCUUUUGAUCAGCCACUUCAUUUCUCUCAAAGUCGCAUGGUUCCUUUUUUUUUUAAUCGCUUUUUCACUUAAGAGAUUCUCUCUGUCUGGCUCCUCUCAGGAAAAAAGAAGAGUAAAGCUUCAGUCUUUCUGCGUUUGCAUGAACAGCAAGAAUGGAGAAAGGGAUGUUUUGAAGUGGAUUAAGGAAAACGAGAAGUAAAUUAUGACUACUUUAAGGCAACGCCCUGUUCCCACGCGCGGCCGUGGUGCAAACCCACGCUCGCAGCCGCCGCCGCCGCCUAUGCAACAGGUUUACAACAUAAUCCCUGUCCACGACCUUAUAGCAGACCACCCGUCGCUUCGAUACCCGGAAGUACGCGCCGUCGCGUCGGCCCUGUUACGUCCGGUUUUAAACCUUCCGAAACCACCGUUCGUAACGUUGGCGCCAAACAUGGACCUGAUGGACUGGUUAGGCGUCUCCUUCGGUUUCCAAAACGACAACGUUCGGAACCAAAGAGAAAACCUCGUCCUCCACUUAGCCAACUCCCAAAUGCGCCUACAACCGCCUCCUGCGAACCCCGACGAAGUCGACCGCGGCGUCCUCCAAAGUUUUCGCAAGAAGUUGCUUCACAACUACACGUCAUGGUGCUCUUUCCUCCGCGUCAAACCCCACGUCCACCUCCCCUCGCGCCGGGGAAACAGUUACAACCCAACCCGGGAGCUCCUCUACGUUUCACUGUACCUCUUAAUCUGGGGAGAAGCCGCCAAUCUCCGCUUCUGUCCGGAGCUCCUCUCUUACAUUUACCACCACAUGGCGAUGGAAUUAACCAAGUUUCUGGAUCAACACAUCGAUGACUUUACCGGGAGGCCCUUCGUGCCUUCGAUUUCAGGUGACUGUGCUUUCUUGAAAUCCAUCGUUAUGCCAUUUUACCGAACGAUUAAAACGGAAGUAGAGAACAGCAGGGACGGAACUGCGCCGCAUUCGGCUUGGAGAAAUUACGAUGAUAUAAACGAGUAUUUCUGGAGUAGAAGGUGUUUUAAGACCUUGAAAUGGCCGAUUAAUUAUGGGUGUAAUUUCUUUGAUACGGCACCAAAGACUGAAAGAGUUGGGAAAACUGGGUUUGUCGAGCAACGAUCAUUUUGGAAUGUGUUUAGGAGCUUUGAUCGACUGUGGAUUCUAUUAAUUCUAUUUUUACAGGCUUCCAUUAUUGUUGCUUGGACGGGGAAGAAGUUCCCCUGGGAUGCUUUGAAGGAAAGGGAUGUUCAGGUGGACUUGUUGACGGUUUUUAUAACAUGGGCCGGUCUUCGGUUUUGGCAGUCAGUGCUUGAUGCUGGGACUCAGUACAGUUUGGUAUCAAAGGAGAGGGUGUGGCUGGGAAUACGGAUGGUAUUGAAGAGUAUGGCUGCUUUGACUUGGAUUGUUGUGUUUGCAGUUUUCUAUCAGAGGAUUUGGAGUCAGAAGAAUGCUGAUAGGGGCUGGUCUUCGGAAGCAAACCGAAGGAUUGUUACUUUUCUCGAGGCUGUCUUUGUGUAUCUUAUUCCGGAGAUGUUGUCUAUAUUGUUUUUUGUGAUUCCUUGGGUUAGGAAUUGGAUUGAAGGGUUGGAUUGGAUGGUGGUCUCUUGGUUGACAUGGUGGUUUCAUACUCGGACUUUCGUUGGACGUGGUCUGAGGGAAGGUUUAGUUGAUAAUAUCAGGUACACUUUGUUUUGGAUUGUGGUAUUGCUUUGGAAGUUCUCAUUCAGUUAUUUUCUUCAAAUAAAGCCCCUGGUUGGUCCUACAAAGGUGCUUUUGAAUCUUCCUAAUAUAAGUUAUAACUGGCAUCAGUUUUUUGGUAAUAGUAAUAGAGUUGCUGUUAUGUUGCUGUGGACGCCUGUUGUUCUCAUCUAUUUUGUAGAUUUGCAAAUCUGGUAUUUGGUUUUUUCGUCCUUUGUGGGUGCGACGAAUGGGUUGUUUUCUCAUUUGGGUGAAAUCAGGAAUAUGGAGCAGCUUAGGCUUAGGUUUCAGUUCUUUGCAAGUGCAAUGCAGUUUAAUCUUAUGCCUGAGGAUCAGCUGCUGAGUCCCAAAGCAACACUGGUGAAGAAAUUCCGUGAUGCAAUUCAUCGACUGAAGCUUAGAUAUGGACUUGGUCAGCCGUACAAGAAGAUUGAAUCAAGCCAAGUGGAAGCAACAAGGUUUGCUUUGAUAUGGAAUGAAGUAAUUAUUACUUUGAGGGAGGAAGAUCUCAUUAGUGAUGGAGAAGUUGAGCUCAUGGAACUGCCACCUAAUUGUUGGAAUAUUAGGGUAAUUCGAUGGCCUUGUUUUCUCCUCUGCAAUGAGUUUCUUCUUGCUCUCAGUCAGGCAAAAGAGCUGGCAGAUGCACCUGACUUUUGGCUUUGGGUGAAGAUAUGCAAGAAUGAGUAUGGGCGGUGUGCUGUUAUUGAAGCUUAUGACAGCAUCAAGCAUGUGCUUCUUACCCUCAUUAGAUAUGGUACAGAAGAGUAUAACAUAGUCUUAACAUUGUUCAAGAAGAUAGACUUCUGCGUGCAGAACGGGCAGUUAACUGCAUCAUACAAGAUGGCUGUGCUACAGAAAAUUCAUGGCAAGCUAGUAUCACUUAUUGAUCUUCUAGUGAAACAGAAAAAUGAUCUAAGUCAGACGGUAAAUCUAUUACAGGCACUCUAUGAACUUUGUGUUCGAGAAUUCCCUAAGAUGCAGAAACCCACUUAUGAGUUGAUGGAGGAAGGUUUGGCACCCAAAAAUGUGGCAGCUGAUGAAGGUCUGCUUUUUGAGAACGCUAUCAACAUUCCUGAUGCUGAGGAUGCGGAUUUCUAUAAGCAGCUGAGGCGUUUGCAAACAAUUCUUACUUCGAAGGAUUCAAUGCAUAAUGUUCCCCUGAAUCUGGAGGCUAGGAGGCGCAUUGCUUUCUUUAGCAACUCAUUGUUCAUGAACAUGCCUCAUGCCCCUAACGUCGAGAAAAUGAUGGCUUUCAGUGUUUUGACUCCGUACUAUGAUGAAGAUGUUUUGUAUAAGAAAGGGAUGCUUCAAGAUGAAAAUGAAGAUGGAAUUUCUACGUUGUUUUAUCUUCAAAAGAUAUAUGAGGAUGAGUGGAGAAAUUUUAUAGAGCGGAUGCGUAGGGAAGGGAUGGAUGAUGAUGAAGAUGAUAUUUGGAGAGAAAAGCUGAGGGAUCUUCGCCUUUGGGCAUCAUAUAGAGGACAGACAUUAUCUCGUACAGUUAGGGGAAUGAUGUAUUACUACAGGGCUCUUAAAAUGCUUUCGUUUCUUGAUUCAGCAUCUGAGAUGGACAUACGAAUGGGAACACAAGAAAUUGCUACACAUCAUUCUUUAAACAACAGAAAUCGUGAUGCUAUUAAGCUGCCGGCUGCAAAGAAAUUUAACCGAGCGGUUAGUGGUGUAAGUUUGUUGUUCAAGGGACAUGAGUAUGGAUUUGCUUUAAUGAAAUUCACCUAUGUAGUCACCUGCCAAUUGUAUGGACGACAAAAGGCUAAGGGAGAGAGCCAUGCUGAGGAAAUUCUGUUUUUGAUGAAAAACAAUGAAGCUCUUCGAGUUGCAUAUGUAGAUGAGGUUGAGUUAGGGAGAAAUGAGGUUGAGUAUUACUCUGUUCUAGUGAAGUAUGAUCAACAGCUGCAGAGGGAGGUAGAGAUUUAUCGCAUUAGGUUGCCAGGACCCUUGAAACUUGGGGAGGGAAAACCGGAGAACCAGAAUCAUGCCAUAAUUUUCACUCGAGGUGAUGCAAUUCAGACCAUUGACAUGAAUCAAGACAAUUAUUUCGAGGAAGCACUGAAGAUGCGGAAUUUGUUGGAGGAGUUCAAGACCAAUUAUGGUAUUAGGAAGCCAACUAUUCUUGGAGUUCGUGAGAAUGUCUUCACAGGUUCGGUUUCAUCACUUGCACGGUUUAUGUCUGCUCAAGAAACAAGUUUUGUGACCCUUGGUCAGCGUGUUCUAGCUAACCCGUUGAAGGUGAGAAUGCACUACGGUCACCCAGAUGUGUUUGAUCGAUUCUGGUUCUUGACUAGGGGUGGAAUUAGUAAAGCUUCUAGGGUGAUUAAUAUCAGUGAGGACAUAUUUGCAGGCUUCAACUGCACUUUGAGAGGUGGUAAUGUAACUCACCAUGAAUAUAUACAGGUGGGUAAAGGAAGGGAUGUGGGAUUGAAUCAGAUAUCUAUGUUUGAGGCCAAGGUUGCAAGUGGCAAUGGUGAGCAGGUAUUAAGUAGAGAUGUCUACCGGUUGGGUCAUAGGUUGGACUUCUUUCGGAUGUUUUCUUUUUUCUUCUCAACUGUUGGGCACUACUUUAACACAAUGGUGGUUGUACUGACUGUUUAUACAUUUUUAUGGGGUCGCCUUUAUCUCGCCCUUAGUGGUGUUGAAGGUGGAGCCAAGAAUCAAAGUAUCAGCAGUGAGGCUGUUGGAACAAUCUUGAAUCAGCAGUUCGUAAUACAGCUUGGUCUGUUCACUGCCCUUCCAAUGGUUGUCGAGAACUCUCUUGAACAUGGGUUUCUUCCAGCAAUUUGGGACUUCUUGAAAAUGCAGUUGCAGCUGGCAUCACUUUUUUUCACUUUCUCUAUGGGAACUCGAACCCAUUUCUUUGGUCGGACCAUCCUUCAUGGGGGGGCCAAAUACCGAGCCACUGGACGUGGUUUUGUGGUUGAGCAUAAGCGCUUUGCAGAAAAUUAUAGACUUUAUGCUCGAAGUCAUUUUGUCAAGGCAAUUGAGCUUGGUGUUAUUCUAGCAGUGUAUGCUUCUUAUAGCCCACUCGCUAAGGAUUCAUUUGUUUAUAUAGCAUUGACCAUUUCAAGUUGGUUCCUUGUUGUGUCAUGGAUAAUGUCCCCUUUUGUAUUCAACCCGUCUGGCUUCGAUUGGCUGAAGACAGUCUAUGAUUUUGACGAUUUUAUAAAUUGGAUAUGGUCUAGUGGUGGUGCAGCUUCAGAAGCCAAUAAGAGCUGGGAAAUAUGGUGGUACGAGGAACAAGACCAUUUAAGAACAACCGGUCUGUGGGGAAAGCUUCUAGAGAUAAUUUUAGACCUUCGCUUCUUCUUCUUCCAGUACGGUAUUGUGUAUCAGUUGGGCAUUGCUGGCAAGAGCACCAGUGUAGCUGUUUACCUGGUAUCUUGGACAUUCAUGAUUGUGGCUGUUGGGAUCUAUGUGGUUAUAGCAUAUGCUCAAGACAAAUUUGCUGCCAAAAAGCACAUCUACUAUCGAGUUGUUCAGCUUGUAGUCAUUGUACUUACGGUGCUUGUGAUUGUCUUAUUGCUAGAGUUCACUCCGUUUAAGUUUACUGAUCUCGUUACAAGUCUUUUGGCAUUCAUUCCUACGGGAUGGGGUCUGAUAUCAAUUGCCCAAGUUCUUAGACCUUUUCUGCAAUCCACUGUGGUGUGGGAUACUGUAGUUUCCUUGGCACGGCUUUAUGAUCUGUUGUUUGGAUUGAUUGUCAUAGCUCCUGUGGCAUUGGUAUCGUGGUUGCCUGGAUUCCAAGCCAUGCAGACAAGAAUCUUAUUCAAUGAGGCAUUCAGCAGAGGUUUGCAGAUUUCUCGCAUUAUUUCCGGCAAAAAGUCCACAGCAUGAUGUUAAGUUGGCGUUUGCUCUGGAUGGCACGUUUUGUUUUGUGUAAAUCUAUGACCCGCACAUUCUCCACUUGCUUGAAAUCUUGUCCUGGCAUCAGUUAGUGAUUAGCAGUGGAUGAUCUUGGAGUAACCUCACAUGUUUAAAUGAAGAACUCUGUGCUGUCUUGGGGCCUUGGCUCUGCCCUGAGAUAAAAAAGCAAUAUUGCUGACCGGAAAUGAGAUAUGGACUUUGUUGAGAAAAAAGGGUAGAGCUUGAAGCUUUCAAGGAAUCAAAUGUAAAGAAAUUUUGGACUAUAAAAUAACACACAUCCUGUGUCACUCGUGCUUUGCUUUGAUACCAUUGCAGCCGAGGACUAUGAUUCCAUAUCCUAAUCUUCCCUUUCCUGUUGACCUCGAUUCAUUUCUAAUCUAGGCAAAAGAAUUACGUUAGUUUAAGAUUUUUUUUUUUUUUUUGUUGUUGUUGGUGGUAAUAAAGUUAGCUUCAAAUCUUGCAAGUUAUUUAUGUAUAGUUUGAAUAAGUUCAUAAAGUUUCUAUAA